UGCGAUUAGUAUAGUUUCUUCGAAUUAGACAUUAGACUGAUUAGACGCGCGAUAAGCAAUUGACUUGUGACACGUGACAUGUGUAUUUGAAACUCUUUAUUUACAUCACUUUAUCCUCGGCGGUUCAAAUAAAUGACCUCGGGGAGGGACUCUUAUUAAUGUUUUCAAAAGAAAAAAAGGGAGAGGAAAAAAACAGCAUGACGCACGCAUUAAUGUCACGAGUCCGCACACGAGUCGUCAGUCGUCAGUAAUGUAUCGCAGCGCGGCCAAUACACUUUUAUUUCAGACAGACGCAUAAUAAUUAUUACGGAUUUGCGACGGCCAUUUUGCCACUCGUAAAGAAACUAGGUAUGGCCAUCUGACACUACACGCGAAUUCCUCUGACAACCGACAACGCGUUUCGCACGAUAAAACAACAACGCAAUUACAUCGGAGGCUCGUGUUUAUAUCGUGAGUGAGACAGACAACAGCGAUUAUCACGACGGCUCGUUCGCCAAUCGCCAGUCGUGCCAGUCGUGCGACGACGUUACCGGGAAUUUACUUGUGUAUAAUCGUCGCGUGUGACAUCUAACCUAUAAGAUUCCAUUUCGUAGAAGAAAUCGAGAGAAAAUCACGGGUGGAAUCGAGUCACUCUUCUUUCAUUUCAGGAAGAAUGCGAUCGGCAGGAUCGUCGACAGAUGCGACAAGCGCUGACGGAAAGUGAAAUUAGCGAGAUUAUACCGGCGCUCUACCAAGAUUUUAUUGUAUAUAUACAUACCGCGAGCUCUCUCUAUUUACAACUCGCUUGCAGCGCAUAAACGUCAGCGAUGCACGAAAUCGACAACGCGCUUGAAACUAUGCGAAAUAUUACAAUUGCUCCUAGUAAAAUUGAACGAUAAUCAAUGCGAUUUGUAUAAGAAGGUAUUUGUCGCUUUUUUUAUACGGCAGAAUAUUACUGAGAUUUACUGAUUCGAUAAAAAAUUCAUAUAAUCUUUGCUUAUGCGACGCGCUCCGAUCAAGUUUUAUUUGUAUAUUUAAGCAAUAUAACAGCGAGGCCGAAAGAAUACUCCACUCUAUUGCAACAGAGACAUGUACCAAUGGAUAGCUGAAAUAUUUUUAUAAGAUUAUAAGCUCUCAUAAGACAGAGAGAGAGAGAGAGUGAGAGUGUAUAUCGGCAGAUUAUGAUGUUUUAUAUGUAUUAAUAUUAUGUUUAAGGUUUUACGUAGAAAGUUAACUAUCCAGAUUGUUGCGGCAUAGAAAAGAGAGUACUUUUUAUAACGUGCCAGUCAAUCUUGCGCAAGAGAUUGCACGCUAUAUAUUGAGUGCCACGUAUACAAGAGUGGUUCAAGAACAAUCAACUUAGUGCCAUGUACAGAAAUAGUAUUUGUAUUCACUAAAAUUAAUAUAUCUAUUAUAUCUGUAAUAUGAGACAGUGUACAGAGGAUAAAGCCUGACCCACAGGCUGUUGCAUGCAUCGAUAAUAGUUCACAUCGUUAAAAAAAUAUGGAUGAGAGAAGAGUAGCAGAUUAUUUUGUUAUUGCUGGUUUACCCGGUCAAGACAAUGAAUUUAAUCAAGAUAAUAAUGAAACGAACGAUAAACUAGAAGAUUGGUGCCAGGAAGGCACUCAUCUGAAAGACAUGCACAUGCCACCUCCUAUCACAGAUCUUGCCGUAAUAUUUCCUGCUCUGGGGGAAUAUUGUCCCGAAGGAUAUACACUAUUGGAACAAACUGUAUCAGGUUUUCCAGCAGAUUUGAAUCAUGGGAGUUUACGAACAAACGAGUGUUACUUAUGCUACAGAAGAGGACGAGACAAACCUCCUUUAGUUGAUAUUGGUGUAAUAUAUGAUGGAAAAGAACGUAUAAUGCAAGAUGCUGAAAUGGUAUUAGAGACUCCUAAAGGCUAUGUAGCAAACGUAAAUAAUUCUACUUCAAAAAUUUUUGUAACAUACAGACGAGCGAGUCGAAAGAUGCCUUGCAAUUCUCUUGUCGUUACGGACAUAUGCGUUAUUUUGGCAAAUAAAGGGGAGAGCCCUCCGCAUGCAUUCUGUGUCAUCAAUAAGAAUUUGAACAAAGGAAUGCUAGGCAGUGAUGUAUUUUUAUGCUAUAAAAAGUCUAUGAAUCGCGCUAAUUUGAUAUCAUUUAAGCCAGCAAUACUCUAUAAAUAUCCUACGGCUGAUUAUAACAGUUUUGUCUUUCCGAAUUCUGUCGCCAUGUUUUGUCUACCGAUGGGUGCGACUAUAGAAUGUUGGCCUAAAGUAGCAUGUAAACCUAAACCAGUAUUCUCGACAUUUGUCUUAACAGGCGAUGCUGCUCAAAAAAUGUAUGGUUCAGCGAUAACGUUUUAUGAAGAACUACAAUUUGAAUCAGACACUUCAAACUGUAAAAAUAAUCAAGAAAUCAUGGAUACAGUAGAGAAUAAUAAAAAUAAUGCGGAUAAUAUAGAAAUGAUAAGCAAAAAUAAGCAGCAGAUGAAAAUAAAAUUGUUCAAAAGAUCUGGUAUACUUAAGAAGCUCAGUAUAUUGCAACUAGAAAAGUUGCAAUAUACGGAUCCCGCGAGCCAAUCACUGAAUAUUAGUAAAUCUAUAUGUAUAUUGUCUCAUUGGCCGUUUUUCGACACGUUCGAAAAAUUUCUAGUUUUUUUGCAUGGCAUGGUGAACGGUAAACCGCAAAGUGUCCCGAUUGAAAAGUAUAUUUCAUAUUUUUUGUGCGAUAUACCAUUCCCAUGUCCACAGCGUCCAAGAAUCUUGGUACAGCUCAGCAGUCGAGACAGAUUAAUUUUGACACAACCAGAGGAUUCGCCCUUGCCUAGAUCAGGCGCAAGUUUCAGACAACUACUGAUAAACUUGGGACCUGACAAUUGUUUAUUGAUACUAUUAUUAAUAUUAACCGAACAGAAAAUAUUAGUUCAUUCCUUACGUCCGGAUGUACUUACUUCAGUGAGCGAAGCUAUUGCUAUGAUUCUCUUUCCUUUUAAAUGGCAAUGUCCCUACAUACCAUUGUGUCCUCUAGGAUUAGCAGAGGUAUUACAUGCACCAUUACCAUUUCUGAUUGGUGUGGACUCAAGGUUCUUUGAUUUAUAUGAUCCUCCUUCUGAUGUCAAUUGUGUAAACUUGGAUACCAAUAAUAUAGCAAUAUGUGAAGAUAAAAAAUAUUUAAAUGUAAAAUUAUUACCUAAAAAAGCAGCUAGACAGCUCAGAAAUUGGUUGGAGAUUUUGUCUUCAAAAAUAAGUUCGUGGGGAAAAACUAACUGUUCUCAAAAAGAUAGAGGCGAUGAAGACUUUAGUGUAGACAGAGAGUUUCAACAAAAACGGAAAGAGCAAGCUUUAGAACUCGAAAUACAGGAUGCUUUUUUAAGAUUUAUGGCGACGAUUCUCAAAGGAUAUCGAAGUUAUUUAGUACCAAUUACAAAAGCACCUACUGUAGGGACAACAGAUUCGACAAGUUUAUUUAAUUUCCAAGCGUUUUUGAGAACUCGCGAUAAAGCCCAUGCUAAAUUUUACGCCAUGCUCGUGAAAACGCAAAUAUUUGCUAGAUUUAUAGAAGAAAGAAGUUUUGUGUCUGAUAUGGAUAUGGCGGGAUUAGCAUUUUUCGAUGAGUGUACAGAACGAAUUGAGGAAGAAAAUGUAAUUCUUUUGGAAUUGGAUGAAUCUCAACACAGUGAGCGUACAGUGUUUAUACCUCCACCUGAAGCAGGAACAAAUCAAACACCAAUAACAUAUAAAUUGUUUAAAUUGAAUCCAGAUUUAAUGAGGCCUCAGAAGAACUUUUGUUUGAAGAAUCCAUCUUUAAGUGCCUUUGGAAUGGUACCUGGGAGUCCCAUGGCUCGUAGAACAAAGCAUGAAAUCAAAGUUGCUCAAAGGAUGGCUAGAAAACAAGCCGCGAUGCCCGACAGAUGGGGCAGAUGUCUGCUUGGUACAUGUUACAGUCUUUGGUUUUUACACUUACCAGCCAUGCUGCAAGUCUCCAAUCAACCAGCUGCAAUUUUGCAUCAAGCUUAUGAAUUAUUAGUCAAAAUGCAAAAGUUACGUCUCGAUCCUAUGGAAGAGGUAUGCUACAGAGCUAUGAUGCAACUUUGUGGCAUGUAUGGUCAACCAGUUUUAGCUGUAAAGUUACUGUUCCAUAUGAAACGCAGCGGUGUACAACCUAACGCUUUAACCUACGGAUUUUACAAUAAAGCUGUUCUCGAAGCAACAUGGCCUUCUGAUAUGACAAAUUCGAGUCAACUGAUGUGGAACAAGUUGCGAAAUGUUAUUGUUGGAGCAGCAUUAUUUAAAAAGGCUGGGAAGAAGAGCGCUAGAAGACGAUUGAGUUCUAACGCGGAUUUUUUAACCGCCGAUAAGACUGAAGGCAUGGAACAUGCCCUUUCUCGGUCUAGUCUCGACAGUUCUCAUUCUCAAGACACUGAAGCUGCUCAUAGUGAUUCUACUAAAGGUAGUUCUGUAUCAGAUCUACCUGGAUUCGGAUCACUCGAAUUGAAAGCUAAACUUCUUCGGCAGAAUAGUAUAGUGAAAGACCAAGCGACAUUGAAUAUGUUGCAAUCGGACGAAUUGGAGCGAACACCUAAUAAUCCAAGGCUAAUGCGCAGUGUUGAAUCACCAUUAAAAAGUCCCGUGCGCACACCAGUUACGGAAAAUGACCCAUUGGGUGCUCUCAUUAAUGACGAAACACCGAUUGUGUCACCUUCCGAGGAGAAUGAUUCAAAUUGCUCAACAAGUACUUUAACUGUUUUAAAUAAUACGACUGAAGAGAGACCAGGAGGACCACUUUUAUUUAGAAGCAGCAUUCUCCCACGUAGUGCAACCUUUCAUCAAGCAGUAGAUGAAAGUGGCAUGACAGUAGGUGGACAUUUACAGAGGAGUGAGACAAUGCCUCACUCUGUGGCACAACAAGGGGAACAGGAGAGAGAAAAGGAGAAACUAGAAAUAAGCAGUCUUUGGUCUCAAAAUAAGGAUAGUGUAACAUCCAGCCUCUCUAGCUUAGGAUCUAGUCUUAAACUUAGUUUCGGACGAUACUCCACGGGUGGAUUGGCGUUUGCUAAAAAUAAGGAUUUAAUAUCAUCAAAUCAACUUAUUGAAUCUCUUAGUCUCUCCAGUUAUAUCAGCCCGUCAAGUUUGACAGGAAAGAAAUCGAACGAAAUAAUACUUGGUGGUCUGAAUAGCUUGAAAUCUGCUGCAACAACUGUUGUUAAAAAAUUUGAUGAGAUAAAAGAAGCAAUCUCGGCGACCAGUACGCCAGUAAAAAAUAAGGAACGUGAACAAAAAAUAGCUUACGGAAUAUCGCACGAGUCUUUAGAUUCUCUUACUGAUGGAUCUUUACAAGAUCGAAAUGAAAUUUCUAUGAAAGCAUCAGGUGAUGGAAAUAUAGAUUUAUGCUCACUGUAUGAACUCACGGAGUGUCUAUAUCCAAAGGGCACUAGAGAAUUGGAGGAACGUCUUGCCAUUGAACUUGUGCUUUCCAGUGCCAGUAGAUGUCAUCAUUGCGCUGCUAUUUUGUACGACGAAGAGAUAAUGGCUGGUUGGCAGCCGGAAGAUUCCAACUUAAAUACAGUCUGUCAGUAUUGCGAUAAGGCUACUGUACCUCUACUCACAGUUACAAUAUUAGAUUACAGAUGUGAAGCAAGCGAAAAAAAUAACGACCCUUUAAUGGGAGCAUUAGUGGAAUUACUAGAUCAACCGAAGGAAUCGCUGGAACCAAUAACGGUACCAUAUUUAAACCCAUUAGUUUUGAGAAAGGAAUUGGAGAGCGUGUUAAGUCAAGAAGGAGACGCUUGUCUCACCAAGCAUAGGUUUAUUCAGGAGCAUCCAAUAGUGUAUUGGAAUUUGAUCUGGUAUUUUGAAAGGAUUAAUUUAACAAGCCAUCUACCUGAUCUCUGGUUGAAUAAUGAUAAAAAUUCAGAACUUCAAAGAACUGUAGGAUUGGUGGGUGUCAGAACAAUGUGGGAUAAUGAACGAUUACACAUGGAUCGUUUACCUAUGUAUCUCCAAUGGAAAUUAAAUUCUACAGAGGAUAGAACUUUGAUGCAGGCAGUGAUAACAUAUGUUCGUUGCAACGACUUAGCAGAACCUAUAAUAAGAGUGGCCUUAGAAAGAAGUAAACAUCAAACAGGCGAUCAUCCGUUUUCUAUAUAUAGAGAUAUUCUGUUUUUGGCAUUUAUUGUAUUGGGCAGGACGAAUAUUGAUCAAGGCGUCUUCGAUAGAGAAUACAGUUUGUCGCUAGAGAAAUUUUCCGAAAACGAGGAGAAAUUACUGCAUAAAAUUGAUGCUCCACCAACGAUGAUGUCAAUUUAUUGCAGACAUUAUUUUAAGCAAUUAAAUGUUUGAGAAACAUGAGCAGCCGUGAAUAAUUCCGAAGAAAACUCAUUCCCUUCGAAACAUCGCAGGAAGGGUGCGAUUUUGCGUGAAUAAUAAAUGCUCGUAAAUACGAACAUUUAUAGCUCUAUUUUCAAAAUUGCGUGCACGAGGGAUGAUUUACAUGCAUAAAGGACGAUGUUUAAAUCAGGCGCUGUUAAAAUCGAAUGUCGAAAUCUCUGACAUAAUAUUAUACAACGCAUCAUUGACGUCUCUUCUAUACGUUGAACGUUUGUCUAAUACGGAAGAUUGUUACUGUUAAUAAUAAUGAUUUGAGCUACAAUGCCACUUCCUGAAUGGCGCCAAUUACGAUUGAUAUCGUAGUAGCAUGGACCUGCAAAUCACCUUUUUUUCAUGAGACUCCGCUUAUUAGCUAACAUCCAUGAUAUUUGUCUUUGUGCAAAAAUAUAAUCAAGUCAUCUCGAAUUCGAACUUAUCCAAUUCUCCAAAUUUGAUCGCGCACACGAGAACUGAUAAAUGAAUAGUUAUCAGAUCAGUUGCAUCAACUAUUUCGCGCUAAUCGCAAUAAGUUGAAUUUUCUUAUCUUAUUCGUGUCGUGGCGAAAAAGGCUGUGAUCUAGGAAGAGAUGGAGAAUUACUUAUCGUAAUUGGCUGCCAAUCGGAACUAUUGAAGCUAUCGAUCUCGAGAUCAGAUCAGUGCAAUAUCAAGAGUUGAACGAUAAUAAUGAUUUUUAACUAAUCGUACUACUCUGGCUCUUCAUAUGUUUAUAAUUGUUUUUAAUGAUUAUUAACUUUUUUUUAAAUAAAUUCGGUCGCAUGUCUCUGUUUUAUGACUCAAUAUUCGCGCAGCGCAAUAACAGUAUCUAAGAGUACAAUGUUAAAAAGUAUUAAGUACCAAAGAACUUAUACGGACUGUAAAAAACGAUCGCAAGUUCAAUUGCAACUGUAAAUUCCCUCCAGGUGUGCUGUGACCUUAAAUACGUUUCAGUCCGUCGCGUAAUAUCCCCAAUGUAAAAAGGAAAAAAGGCUGUCGCGUGUGGAUAUUAGAAACAGGCAGCCUUUAAUAUACCGACUAUUUUUUUUACCGAAAAAAGUGAGAGAGAGAGAGAGAGAGAGAAAGCGACGGUAACUAUCGCGUGACAUGAUGAAACGCAGUAUUCUUUCCUUGUACUCUUAGAUAGAAACAAUCAUUUAUCGCACGACGAACACACAUAAUAUAAAUAUCGUUUCUCUACUCGUCCUAGGUGAAAAGUGCUCUUCACAAGGGUAUGGCGUUAAACUCGAUUGCUUACCCUCAAAGUAAAGUAAAUAUUUAGUGUGUGUGAGAGUGAAUAUUUUUAUGAAUUUUAGACAUUUAAAGCAUUUGUAAUAGUUUAGCAAAUUUAGUUAGGUUCUGCCCACAAUUUAUUCGUAACGGAAUGAGAUUAUUCGUCGCGAGGUGACUCAUAAUUGCGACCUUUUAUAAUGUCGUGCACUUUUCAUCUUGGAUAUUGCAGAUGAAUGUAGUUCAUUCAUUUCAAUACUAUGAAUGUAGAUUACAAGAAUAAAGUCCGUUGAGGUAUUUUACAGAAA